AAAAGUAGCGAGCGGCGCCGGGCGGAAGGAGCCAGCACAAGCGAGCGCCGCUGAGCCGGCGCGGACGGGGACGGCGGGCGGCCCCGAGCAGCCUCCGAUGCGACGCGGCGUGAAGAGGCGGCGGCGGCGGCCCCGGGCCGCCUGGGGCGGCGGCUACGGAGCGGAAGGAGGGGCCGGGCUGGAGGCGCUGGAGGAGAAGGUAGUGUACUCGCGCUCGCAACUGUCGCUGGCCGGCAGCACGGAGGCGCUGGGCGACGCCUUCAAGCUCUUCAUGCCCAGCAGCACGGAGUUCAUGAGCUCGGAAGCGGAGCUCUGGAGCUUCCUCUGCAGCCUCAAGCACCAGUUCUCCCCGCACAUCCUGCGCAGCAAGGACGUCUACGGCUACUCCUCGUGCCGGGCACUGGUGCCCGACCCCCCGGCGCCCGACAGCCGCCCCGCGCGCCGGCCUCGCCCGCGCACAACGCCCAGGAGGAGGCGCCGUGGAGCUCGGGCCGCCGCGGGCACCCGCAGGCCGCGCCCCGCCGCUGCGGAGCCGGGGCCUCCCGAGUCCUGCUUUGGGGGCCGCACCCUGGAGGAGAUCUGGAGGGCGGCCACCCCGACGCUGACCAGCUUCCCCACCAUCCGCGUCGGCGACGACGUGUGGGGCGAGCGCAGCCUGGCGGUGGCGCGGCGCAGGGCGCGCCAAGUGCUGCGAGUGGACCUGGACCCGGUGGUGAGGCUGCGCCGCUUCCCGGUGCCCCGGGUGUGAUGCACGCUGCGGCGCCUCCUGCCGGCCGCCGCCCGAGGAAGCUUCAGCGCGCUGGAACGGACUAAUUAAUGGCAGUCGAAUGUUUACAGAACCGGCCCCCUUUGGUGCACUUUAUGCGCGAACAAGGCCCCUGGAUGCGGUGCGGCGCCGCGGUCCGGGAUCGGGACAGGUGCGGCCCCCACGCCUGCGGCCAGACGGGACGGCCGGACCCGAGACAGAAGUCCCUUUGCUUCCCAACCCGGAUGGAGACGUCUCCAGAACCUGGAGGGACACGUGCAUUUUCUCCCUCUCGGACUCUACCUCACCGGUCUGGAAGCCCUCCGAAGACUUUUACAAGUUUUUUUCUCCAAAGGAAUUUGUUUUGUGCUUGUGUAAUAAAGCCAGAAAUUUACUUGCUCCCUAGUCCCCUUCUGUUUCUGUUUGACUGUCAGCCCCACUUUCUGGACAGAAGAUCGACUGUGUUUCCUGGUGAAGUGCUGGUGUACGCUCAGGGUAUUCUGAAGCCCACUCGUUUUCUAAUUUUUAAUGGAUUCCAAAGCUUUGAUCAAGGUCGUGUUUUAAGAGUUUCACGCUUAUGACUGUUAAUGUAAGGAUUUGUAUGGCUUUGAAUUUCAUGAGCUCAGUGAUUGCCAAGAGAUGCAAAGUACAAGUUAAAAAAAAGGUUACGGUGUUUAUAUAUAAAGUUUUAUAUUGAAAUUUAAUAUUUAUAUUUACUGAGCUCCUAAGUAAAAUGGCAGAAUAUUCUUUAAAAGUUUUGUUUAAGAAAAGUUGACUUACUCUAUUCAUUUUAAUUGAAUAAAAUUGAAGUGUUUUGAACCACAUGGCUUGUGAUAAAAAUUGAAUAAAUUUUGAAGAAUAUGUUGGCUACAAGAAUGACUGGAAUCCAGUUGGAGGUGAUUUGGCCUCACGUCUUGGUCUAACAUAAAAUUCAAGAUUGUUAAUGGGAAGAGAAUUAAGAUGGAACUUGCUUAGGAGAGAUCAAUACGUGUGGUCAUUGUGAAUAAACAGAAUACCCUUUAGAAUUCCCAGAACUGUGAAUGAUCUAUAGGGAGGGGCAGGGGCAUUUCUUGGUACCAUAUUGUUUGGCAGAAAAGUAGAUCUUAAUUCUUUGUUGUUGGAUAACAAGAAAUGCCUAAACUAAUACUCAUUGUAUUUCUGAAAACCAUGACAAUUGGUUGACGUUUUGUCCUAUGAGUUUUCUUUUUCUCUUCUUCCCAUUCAUAAUUGUGUUUGCAAUCUUUGAUAGCUGAAGGCCACAGGAAUCAAAACAUCGAGCCACACAGUACUGACCCUUCUUGUACACUUUUAUAAUAGCAUGUAUACCAUAUGGCCCAGAGUAGAGUUCUUGAUUAUCCAAGUGCCUUUGGUCAUUGGUGGCAGCAAGACUUGAUGGUUUUUUUUAGCCAGUGGUGCCACAGCCAGCUUUUUCUGCAAUACCUAAAGGGUCAAAUAGUGUUUUUCUACCACUGUUAUUUCGGAUUUAAGUGUUCUGCCAUGGGACAUUCAUACAGGGCUGGAACUUAUUAAGCCCUUAACGCUACGGUUUAUCUCUCUUGACAGUUUCUUAGAAUAAUGAGAGUUGCAGUUUUGACUCUUGUGUUCCUAGAAUUCAAUGGCAUAGCUUUCUGAAUUAAGUUUUUUUAAGUUUUUAAUAGUUCAUGAAAAGAGUUGUGACCUUAAUUUUAGUGUUUUUGUUUUGUAAACACACACAUAUACAUAUAUACACACAUAUAUGACUUUAUGCCAGUUUCCCACAAGCCUCAGCCUUUUAUUCACCACUCAAUGAUAAUACAUUGUUACAAAUACUGUUACUUGAGUACAUGAAAGUGGGUCACCAUGAGAGGGAGAGUGAUAGAGUUGUGUCAUGGGAAGCUGAGACAGUCUUGGUUAUUAGCUUCCAUUGCCAAAUGUAUUUCAGAGACAUAGGCUUUUCUUCCCAAAAGAUAUAUUGUUAACUUUUAUAGCUAAGUAGCACCUGAUGAAAAUGCAUUUGUACCACUCCACAUGUAUAUAGUUUUAUAACAAGAAAUAAAUCCAAUGGCCAUAUUAGAAUGUAAUUUCAACAUGGGAUUUAUCUAGAUACUUCCCAGAGGAUUCUGAAAUUAGACAUGGCUGAGGGUAAAAAUUUACCUCAGCCCACAAUGGACAGGUAACCAGUUACACCAUACGUUUAUUUUUACUGAGAUAUUUUGACAUUUGUUUCUCUCAUGCCUUGGUACUUUAGUGCAGUUGGCGGUAUGCAUAAAUGCUUCUUUGGUUUAUUGGUCUGACUGACUAAAGUUUGGAUUUGGUUUCCCAUGUUGAGUUUGAUACAGCUCAAAAAUAUAACCUUUAUUUUGCCAAGUUUUUCUGCAGCAAAACCCAUGUUGCAACUUUGAACAUAUGAAGACACAUCUGAUGUAGCUGAUGAGUCUAUUAUAAGAAAGUGGAAUUUUUCCUGGGUACCUUUGGACAGGAUGUGGAAAGAAACUUGACAUUGUGGCCUUUAAGAUGAAGCAUCUGGAUUUUGUACUAGAAAGAUACACUAGCUUCAUUUGUGGGUAGUUUUUUCAAGACGUCCCAUUUGUUAUUUUGCCCUCUCUCAUCUCUGAUGGCACAAGUAGAGAGGUCACCUGGGAGGGAAUGCGUCACCUUGCUCAGCUUUUUUUUUUUUUAGUUCUUGACUUUUGAGUUCCCACUUGUGGUGACUGGCACCUCAAGGUAACCUUGUUAGACAUCCUCCUCCCCAUCACCCAGCAACUUACUUUUACUUUGCUAAGCCAAUGACCUGGCGAUAGCUGAGGGCAAGCUUCCUUUGUUUGAUAGUGCAGUGUUGCUGUUGUGGUGCCUAUUUAUUUUGUCUGUUCCAGUAUUCUAUGGACAAGUGUAACUUAAGCUGGUAGCUCAUACCUAUUGAUUUGCCAUGUGUACAUAAUACUACUAUUUUUCAAAAAACUUUAUAAAAAAACUUUUAAGAUAUUUGAAUACAAAAAAAUCACAAUUUUGAACUUAAAGGUUUUUGUUGUUUUAAGGGUUGUUAUGGUAUUCUUUAAAUCGGUGAUUUUUAAUGAACAUACAUACAUAACAUUUCCUUUAUUGGUGUGUUCAGAUAUUUUUUGAUAAACUGUUGUCUUAAGUGCAUUAGAACACAAUUGUUUGUAAUGGAACUGAAGUGUUUCCCUGGACAGUUUAAUGUGCAUAUGAGAAUGAGAUUUACACUUUGGUUGUGUGUUGCUUUUUAACUUAUUAACUGUAAAUAAAUUUUAAGCAUA